UGAUAGGAUGUUAGAUGAGUCAUGUAAACUAGGCGUGGUUUCUGACUAACGUGAGGUGGCUGUUGUUGGGCAGAAGAAGCGCCGCAGCUUGCUCUCGAGUCCGUCUGGCUGACUUCUUAGUUUUAAUUAUUUUAGAUAUGGAUAACCAGAAGCCCAGGAGCAGCAACCAGACUUCCCCUUCCCAUAAACUGUCAAAUGGCUACAUUCUACCUGAGGGCAAACUGACUCCCAACGCCCUCUUUGUUGGUGGAAUUGACAUGAAGGUGGGUGAAAAUGAAAUGCGGGACUUCUUUGCAAGAUAUGGUCCAGUAAAGGAAGUAAAAAUCAUCACAUACCGUGGAGGGAUCUGCAAAGGGUAUGGGUUUGUGUACUUCAAUGAAGAGGUCAACAUUCAGUCAAUCAUUGAGCAACAGAUCAGUUUUAAGGGCCGGAAACUCAAGCUGGGCCCUGCCAUUAUGAAAGAAAGGAGCUCUCGGUCCAUGCCAUCCCGUCUGUUUGGCCCGGCUCCCUGGAUGAGCCCCACUCAGUACUUCUACUGCGCCUGCUGCUCACCCAUGGGAGGGGCUAUGGCACCACCUUCACCCAUCCUCAAUGGAGGCAGCCCCUACAAUCAGCCGUACUCUUACUCCAACUUUGGAGGGGUCAUGAUCCCACAGAUGCCAAUGAACUACGCACAGAACGCCUACACCUACCAGUACACUCCACCUCACUGGAUGGCGGACCAGAGGACACGGCCUGUCAAUCAGAACUUUGUGGACUGCGGAGUCCAGACUAUGAUGACUGUGCUGUAGUCCACAGCUACUGAGCACCUUGCCAGAUGUUCUACAGUCAAAAUGACAGUGAGUCAAAAUGCGGACCGGAUUACAUCUUGAUGUUCCAGAACGGCUGGAAGCAACCCAACGUCUCACACUGUUUCCUGAAUGCCCUCCUCUCGCUUUUUGAGACCCAUUUUAACACCAGACUGCGGGAGCUCUCCACUUUUUCGGUAAUUUGAUCACAAUCACUUUGACCACGACGGGUAGGGACUACUGUCGUGUGGUCAAACCGCUUUUAACCCACAUGGAUCACAGGGACAGAAGAGCAGAGCACCCCGUCAACAUCACCGUACCAGCUGAUGUAUGGGCUCACAUUCCUCAUUCUUGUUUGUACACCUUUGUUAGUAAUCCCAAAGAAAAAUGGAAGAGACUUUUAAGCUCACCUUUUGUGCCUAUUUAUAUUUUAUGUUUAAUUUAUUUUUGGAAUUAUUUUAAGUGUUUGUUUGGUUGGGGGCUCUCUGUACAUAUAAAAGGUUUGUUUAUAUAUAUUGUAACAAUGUCUUGACAGCAAUCUGUUUGUUUCAGCAUUGGAGUAGAAUGAUAGUUUAACUCCAGUUCAGGUCUAAUGCCCCUCUAAUUAAGAAAUUGUAUUAACUUGUGUACUACAGUGUAAGGGCACUUGGUCACUCCAUUAAUUUCAAGCACUCACAUUUAUUUUCUGCUCCAUUCUAUUUAAAGGGAUACUUCAACGAUUAGCAUUAAGCUUUGUAUCAGUAGAAACCCGGUAGUCUUUUUGAAUGGCCGCGCUUCCCUCCCUCAUGUCCCCCUGAUAGGAGAGAUAGCUGUAUUGUGUGUCUGGGAAAAAACCUGAUGAUGCAAAAAUUGUUUUUGUGUCAUCGGAGGCUUUUAAAAAAAUAUAUAUAUAUGUGUGUGUGUUACUUUUUUUUUGGCUGUGGAGUUUUUUUCCAGACACACAAUACAGCUAUCUCUCGUAUCAGGGGGACAUGACGGAGGGAAAAUACUAUAGUGUUUUUACCGAUACAAAGCUUAAAGGUGCUCUAAGUGAUGGGACGUGUUUUUUAGGCUACAACAUUUUUUGUCACAUGCAGCAAACAUCUCCUCACUAGCCACUAGAGGCCUGUCCUCUGAACACACUGUAAAAAAAACGCGGUCUAAAAACAAACCACGGCAACCUGCACAACGAACCAUAACCGUUCCAGCCAAUAACCGACAAGAAGGAGCUGGUUGAGUCAUGAAUACACACUGUGGAAGUAGCCUACGUGCUAA